UCUGCGCCGUAAUUUGCAGUCAAUAAAAUUGCGCCCGUUCGGCGUUUGGGGCGAGCAACAUGGCGGCCUCCAUGCUGGGUUGUUUGCUUCGGACCGUACGGCAGAUGGUUCCUUCAUCAGCUUCAGGCCAAGUUCGAGGUUAUUACGUAGACUGGAAAAUGCUGCGUGACGUCAAGAGACGAAAACUUGCCUAUGAAUAUGCAGAUGAGAGGCUUCGAAUCAAUUCCCUCAGGAAGAAUACCAUUUUGCCGAAAGACCUUCAGGAAGUGGCCGAUGGAGAAAUUGCUGCCCUUCCCCGGGAUAGCUGUCCUGUUAGAAUCCGAAAUCGGUGUGUUAUGACGUCCCGUCCACGUGGUGUAAAGCGGCGCUGGAGGCUCAGUCGUAUUGUCUUCCGUCACUUGGCAGACCACGGGCAACUGUCGGGGGUUCAGCGGGCAAUGUGGUGAUCCGCUCCGGACCCACUGGGCAGUUCCGGCAAGAAGAGACUUCUAACAGACAAAACCCUGGCUUCAUAGGGGUCGAGUCUGCCUGAUGUUGCCUACAUCUAAAUUACUUUUUAAUUUUCAAUGAAGAAAUUGGGUUGUUUCAUUCUGUCAGUGAACUCAGGCUGUCUGUGAAUUCUCUUUUUUCUUGGACUUAAAAAUUAAACAUACUAUUUCCAUGCAUAGUACAAGGAGUAGAGUAAUAAAUAUUCUGUGAAAAUAUUC